AUGCUUUUCCGGGCUAUACUUGUAGCUCUCGCGCUCCAGGUGAGUAGCGUGGCAGGUGAAGAAUUUGAGCGGCGGUCUGGCCCUCUUGUUGACCAGACAUUUGACUAUGUGGUUGUUGGCGGUGGUACCGGCGGAGCUGUGAUUGCGACGCGAUUAGCACAGAACGAGUUCAAAGUCGCUUUGGUGGAAGCUGGAGGGUAUUAUGAGCUACAGUCUCUGGCUGCAGUUCCUGCGGCAGAUGUCCUACCUGUGGGAGCCGAUCCUAAUACCUAUUCUCCCGUCGAUUGGGGCUUUAUAACAAUGGACCAACCAGGUGCCAAUGGGCGAGCCAUUCACUACGCGCGAGGAAAAUGCCUCGGAGGAUCAUCGGCUCUGAACUUCAUGAUCUACCAGCGCCCAACACGUGAAUCUAUGGACCAAUGGGCCACUGUUGUCGACGAUGAUAGUUACAAGUUUGACCAGGUACUUCCAUUUUACAAAAAAAGUGUCCAGUUCACGGCACCAGAUACCCAAUACAGAGCUGCAAAUGCCUCGGCUGCCUAUAACGCCGACGCAUAUGAAUCAAACGGAGGCGGAGGCCCAUUGCAGGUCUCGUAUGCCAACUUCGCAAUGCCAUUCUCUUCAUGGAUGAACCUGGGUAUGCAGGCUAUUGGUAUCAAUGAAAUUCAGGACUUCAACCUCGGUUCUUUGAUGGGAGCCCAGUACUGUUCAUCCACCAUCGACCCGGCUCAUGAGCUUCGCAGUAGCUCCGAGGAGUCUUUCUUGUCCAAGAUUACUCCAUCUUCUCUGACAAUCUAUACCAACACCCUCGCAACAAAAGUUGUUUUUAAAGAGAGAAAAGCCACCGGAGUUGAAGUGAAGGGUCUUUUUGGCAACACUAUUACCCUUUCGGCCUCGAAAGAAGUUAUCAUCUCCGCUGGUGCAUUUCAGUCUCCUCAACUUCUCAUGGUUUCUGGAAUUGGCCCUUCUGAACAGUUGGAAGCUCAUGGCAUUGAUGUUAUCGCUAAUCGACCUGGUGUCGGGCAAAACAUGUGGGACCAUGCGUUCUUUGCGCCUACAUACCGUGUUCAAGUGACCACAUUAACGAAGUUUGCCAAUGACCUUCUCUAUGCGGCUGGACAAGUCGUCGGUGGAGCCUUCACCAAGACUGGAUUAUUGACGAAUCCAGUCGCCGAUUUCCUAGCCUGGGAGAAGAUCCCCGACUCUUUGCGCUCUGGUUUCUCUCAGGUAACGAAAGAGAGCUUGGCUAAGUUCCCAGACGACUGGCCCGAGGCAGAGUACAUUUCCGGCGCAGGAUACGUUGGAAACGUCUCCAAUCUCCUGACAAACCAGCCCAAAGAUGGAUACCAGUACGCCUCAAUGCUUGGCGUGCUAAUCACGCCUACAUCUCGUGGGAACGUCACCUUGAAUUCAGGUUCCACUACUGACCUCCCGACAAUCAACCCCAACUGGCUGGACACUCCCGCAGACCAGGAAGUUGCCAUUGCCAUGUUCAAGCGCAUGCGCCAGGCCUUCCAGAGCGAUGCCAUGGCACCCGUUGUCAUUGGCGAUGAGUACAACCCCGGUACUCAGGUCCAAACUGAUGCUCAGAUCUUGGAAUGGAUCAAGAACAAUAUUAUGACUAUUUGGCAUGCGGCUUGCACUUGCAAGAUGGGUACCCUGGAGGAUAAGAUGGCUGUCGUUGACUCUCAGGCUCGUGUAUAUGGUGUGCAAGGACUGCGUGUUGUCGAUGCUAGUGCUUUCCCUUUCCUUCCUCCUGGUCAUCCUCAGUCGACAGUUUAUAUGCUUGCCGAGAAGAUCGCCGCUGCCAUUAUUCAGAACUCCUAA